CAUGGCGGACAAAGCAGUCGACUGAGCCCCGGCAAAAAACAAAACCGUGUUUUUCGCUUAAUGUGCAUUAAAUACUAAAGAUGGCAACACGAAGUCUUACCGAGGUGUUCAUUCUGAUGAGAAACAAUGCGCUUCAAAGUCGCAACAUGUUCUCUGAACAAAUGGCUGAUGACCGGAUGGCCCUAGUGUCCAACUGCCAUGUUGAUCCAGAACUUGGUAUAGCCAGCACAAAAGCCUCUAGACUGCCUCCAGAAUGGGUUGAUAAUGUGGAAGAAGUGCAAUAUGAGAUUACAAGAAUUAAACAGAAAAUGAAAGAACUUGCUACAUUACAUGACAAACACUUAAAUCGACCCACACUGGAUGACAGUGUCCAGGAGGAACAUGCAAUAGAAAUACAGACUCAGGAGAUUACCCAGAUGUUUUCAAGGUGCCAAAGGAUUGUUCAUCAAAUCAACUCUCGCAGCAGUCACAGUGGUACAAAACAUGAGAAACAGUUGUCUUCUAACAUCCUCUCUUCUCUGAUCAGGACACUCCAGGAUAUGUCCACCAACUUCCGCAAAAGUCAAUCGGCCUAUCUGCGCAAAAUAAAGAGCAGAGAAGAAAGAUCUAGAGAAUUUUUCGACACAAAUUUAGGACCAGAUUCAGCAUUGAUGUCUGAGGAACAAGAUCUGAUGUUAGAGGAUGAUUUUGACAAGGGCUUCACAACCACACAACUACAUAUGGUCGAAAAUAACUCAACUACAGUGAAACAAAGGGAGAAAGAAAUUACCCAAGUUGUCAAAUCUAUACAAGAUCUCAAUGAAAUAUUCCGUGACUUAUCCCACAUGGUGGUAGAACAGGGCACAGUGCUGGAUCGUAUAGACUAUAAUGUAGAACAUGCCAGCGUACAAGUGGAGAAGGGACUCCAGCAAUUACAAAAAGCUGAGAAGUACCAGAAGAAAAACCGCAAGAUGUUGUGUAUUGUGAUACUGGCUGUGUUAAUUAUUAUUCUAAUGAUUGUACUUAUUGGAGUGAAGAGCUAGCAUAUGUGUGUAUCCUUUAGGUCUUUUUGUUAUAGGAGAAAAAAACUUGAUAAAAAUCCUUUCUAGAACACUAUGUGAAUGUCUCUAUAUGUAUUCUAUGAGCAUACACAUUUUUAAGUUAUAAAGACUUUGCAUUGGGAUCAUUUUCCAGAUUUUGAUUUUGGAAAUAUAAAUAAUCUGUGUCUGAAGUUGAAUUACUAGAAGAUAUUUUUAUCAAGUUUUAAUCUGGCAAUAUUGUGAUACUUUUACUCGAACAAUUUCAACAAUGUCUUUUCAAUGAAAUGUAUCUCUACUCCUUGAAUGUCACUGGCGAUGUGAUGGUGUUAUAGUGAUGAAUAUUGUUCUUAAAACUUCUUGGCUCUGAAAUUUGUUUGUCAUUUUAGAUGAAGAAAACACUAUUCAAAAAACAAUCUUAAGUGACUUGUACCAUUUCCUACAUAUAGAGAACACAGGUGCUUAUUAUAUACCAUACUUGCCAAUCAUUCAAAAAAAAUUGUGGAAGAAACUGCUUGUCAAAAAAGCUAGAAGAAAAGAAGCUACUUAAUGGGACACCAUAACUCCUCUUUGACAAACAGGAGUGUAGAAAGUCAUAGUUUUUUUCUUCUAUAGAGUGAAUUUAUUGAAAUUUAAUUUCUUGUGGAACGACUGCUUGGCCAAAAAUCAAGAAAAGAAGAAGCUACUUACUUAAUUUUUCUAUGGAGUGAAUUUAUGAAAAUUGAAAAAAGGAAAUAUGUAUGGAUUUCUGCUGGUUAAAAUCAAGGAUGCAGGUGAACAAACAAGCCUCUCCCUAAGUAAAGAAGUACCGUACGACGCACUGCUGAGGGCACACAGGUAGGGUGUGAGGGCACACAGGUAGGGUGUGAUAGUGUUGUCUCGUUAUGAAGUGGACUUAUGUGAAUAUAUUUAGAUAAAAAUAAUCAUAUCGGGGCUUGUCAUUCAUUAAACUUUUCUCAUACCCAAAUUAAGAUACUGUGCUGAAAGCAUCUUUUCCUGUGACAGAAUCAAAAAGUCACACAGGUAUGGUACUUAGAUAUACAUUUUAGAUACCGGUAAACACCAAUACAUUUUUGAAAUAUUAUAAUAGAACUUAAUUUCUGACUUUAUUUAGGAAUUAAGCUCUAGUAAGGGUUUGAGUGUGAUGAACAAGGACCAAGGUCUUCAACCCAUUCCCCCCAUUAAGUCACAUUCAAACCUUUCUAAAUCAAAGACUUGGCAAGUGUAGUUUAAUCAUGUAGGGGUGAAUGAGUUAAAAGGGAAGAGAUUUUAAAGGUUUUAAAUUUCAGAUAUUGUACAGGUGUUAAGAACAAUUACAGAGCAUUCAUCAUGUUGAUGAUGGUUGCAUUUCAGGGAGGAGAGAUAUUCUUUCUCGGGACAUCUUUAAUUGAAGAUAUAUUUGAAUGUGAAAGAAUGAAGUAUGUAGAAGAAUCUACAUAAAAAUGUGUAUUUGGAGACUGCAGUUGAUCAUUGCUUCCAAUUGUUGUGUGUGUGGGAUUGUGGUUGGAACAAGGUUACACCAGUGGCAAGGUUUAAAUUCAAUUACAGGUCUAUAUAUAAGCUGUUGUUUACUAAUAAUAACGUCUUUGCAGAGGAGAUUCUACAGAAUCACACUCCUUUCUACAUUUUCAAAAUGUAAGCUACUUUGAAUUACUAGAAAUCACAUGUGUUCUUUUUUAUAUUUUCUCUUCGUCAUAAGAUUUUUCUAAAAGUAAGAAAUAUGUUAAGUCAAGGUAUAGAUAUCUUGUGAUGAAACGAUAGAGUUACCGGUAAUUGUUGUGGUAUUGAUUAAGUGUUGACCUAUUAUUGUAUGGUAUAAUGGAAUCUUACACAAGUCAUUAUUAUAUAUUUUCAUAGGUAAUGAAUGUAAUCAGUAUUUCUUUAAUGUUGUCAUUUUUAAAUUGUAACAUAAGUAAUAGUCACUGGACAUCAUUUUAAAGAGGGGAGGUAAUCUAACUGCCCAUGUGUCGAACAGCCAAGGAGUUUGAAAUUAUCUUAUAUUUAUCUUAUUGAUGUGAACAGGUAGGGCAGGGGUUACCUUCUUCUCACCUUCGAUCUUCUGACAUAAUGUGUACAUAAUAUAUAUCGGAUCUUACAUGAGUUUCUAUUUCAUAUGAGAUUUAUGAAACAAG